CUAAAGGACAAAGAUCCCGUAUCCCAAAUGUGGUCUGUGUUGGAACACUGAAUCUGUUAAAAGAAUACGUGGUGGCAUGAAAAAUGUGUGUGAUGCAACAUUCCUGGAAAACAUCAGAUGGAACAUGUGACCUGGGUCUCGGCCCCACCUCCUAGGUUCCUCCGCUCAAGUUCAUCAGUCUUCUUCCGGUGUCUGUCCUAGUUCAUAUGGAGAAACCACCAAGUCCCUCUGGCUCCCGGCUCCUCAGCGGCCUCCUCACUCUAGCCUUCCUCCAGCUGCCUGCUCAGGUGUCAGGGAAUACUGACAAGUUCUACUUGGUCCCACUUGGGGGCACAGCCGAGCUGCCCUGCCCCCUCUUGCUCUGGCCAGGCAUGGUGCUCAGCGAGGUGAGGUGGCAACGGCCUGCACACCUGCCUCGCACCCAGGCUGUCCACGUGCUUCGGGAUGGGCAGGAUAGUGAUGAAGAUCUGAUACCAGAAUAUAAGGGUAGGACCACGCUGGUGAGAGAUACCCACAAGCAAAGUUACAUUCUGCAUAUCAGUAACGUGAGGCUCGAGGACCGAGGACCGUACCAAUGCCAGUUCCGGGUCGGAAACCAGAGUCAAGAGGGCAACGUGACCCUGCAAGUGGCAGUUUCAGGUUCUGAUCCCUUCAUCCACGUGAAGGGCUAUGAUGCUGGCUGGAUCCAGCUGGUGUGCUGGUCAAUAGGAUGGUUCCCAAAGCCGUGGACCGAGUGGAGAGACGCUCAGGGCAGAGUGCUCCUGUCGCUCUCAGAGACCCACUCCCUGGAUGAAACUGGGCUGUUCCGAACAGCAGUGUCCAGUCGCAUCAGGGACAGCGCUCUGGGGAAUGUGUCCUGCACUGUCCGUAAUGAGGUCCUUGGCCAAGAGAAGACCACAGCCAUGGUUAUUGAAGACCCAGCUCCUGGAAGUCUGUCCUCUCCAGCGGUGGCUCUCUCUGUGGUCCUGCCUAUCUUGGGACUCCUUAUCCUUCUUGGCAUUUGGCUCAUCUGUAAACAAAAAAGAUCAAAAGAGAAGCUUCUGUACGAACAGGCGAUGGAGGUAGAAAAUCUUCUGGAAGACCAUGCCAAAGAAAAAGGAAGACUCCACAAAGCUCUCAAGAAGCUCCGGAGUGAACUGAAGUUGAAAAGAGCCGCUGCCAACGCAGGUUGGAGAAGAGCCCGGCUGCAUUUCGUGGUGGUGACCCUGGACCCUGACACGGCCCAUCCCAAACUCAUCCUGUCCGAGGAUCGGAGAUGUGUGAGGCUUGGCGACAAGAAGCGGUCCGUUCCUGACCACCCUCAGAGGUUUGAUUUUGUUGUCAGCGUACUUGGCUCUGAGUACUUCACCACGGGCUGUCAUUACUGGGAGGUGUACGUGGGCGAGAAGACCAAAUGGAUCCUUGGCGUGUGCAGUGACUCCGUGAGCAGGAAGGGGAAGGUCACGGCCUCACCUGCCAAUGGCCACUGGCUCCUGCGGCAGAGCCGUCGGAAUGAGUAUGAAGCUCUCACGUCCCCGCAGACCUCCUUCCGCCUGAAAGAGUCUCCAAAGUGUGUGGGGGUUUUCUUGGACUACGAAGCAGGGGUCAUCUCCUUCUACAACGUGACUGACAAGUCCCACAUCUUUACUUUCACUCACAGUUUCUCUAGCCCCCUUCGUCCUUUCUUUGAACCUUGUCUUCACGAUGAGGGGAGGAACACGGCACCUCUAGUUAUUUGUACCGAACUGCAGAAGUCAGAUGAAUCGGUUGUCACCAAACAGGAUGGAAAAAGCCGUGCUAAUGGAGACGUGUCCCUGAAGGUGAAUCCGUCCUUACUGUCUCCUCAGGGUUCUGAGCUUUUCCCAGUCAAUGAUACCUGGCCCUCUAGCCUCGGCCCUGCCCUUCAGGGGUUCAAGGCUCCUUCUCUGUAGGGCUGUGCCCUGUGAUCUGAUCCACGCACACGAGCAUCUUCCAGCCUGGCACCCUGGACUCUAUCUUCUGGCCCAGCAUCUGUUUCUCCAGUACCUCUGGUCUUUGACCCAAAUCCAGACCCUUCUGUGGUUUCUGUUUGUACCACCUUUCUCCCAGGGUUAAAUUCUGAACGCUGCCUUUUUUCUGGAGGCUAACCAUUCCCAUUGCCCUGGUGGAUAACUUCUUAAUAUGAAAAGAGCUCACUCAGUGGAGGUUUGAGUAGGAGAUGUUGGCUGUAUCUCUGCAGUGUUCAGUGCAGGCUCAGGGGACAGGCUCUGUACCUGAGGGAAUCCUGACAGGAACUUCUCACAGCGUCUAUGGGUUUUCAGUAGUGAAGCUACAGCCCCAGACCCUGACUUCUUCAAUCAAAGACUGCUCUUCUCUACCCCCAACCCUGCCCCCAAUUCAGGCCUCCAACUCCCAGAGCCAGCUUUUCACAAGUGCAUGUCUUGUGAAUCUCACAUCCUCCCUUCUUUGUUCAGGGUUGGAGCAGAGGAGUCAGAAUCCCAUUGUUUUCUAUUUUCUUCACGCUGUUGACAGCACAGCCUGGAGACAUCCGGAGUAUGCUUUCAACAGCUAGUUUGAAAGGGAGCCAUCCAGAAUGUACAUGUUUUCAAAAUCAGUUUACCUACAUGAUGACCAGGAACUAUAAUACCCCAAAAACCCUCAACAUAGGCAUGGAGCUGGGAGACACAGCUGUCAACAGAGCGUCCAGCUGUGGAUCACUCUGCAGUCUAUGGCUCUGACCCUCUGAAGACCUCAUGAAGUUCAGAGAGGCCCAGUGAGAAAAAGUGGCAGUUUGAGCCACUCACCACAAUAGACCCACAAGACCAUUAUUCUUCAAGACUCGACAAUAGCCUCUGGGUCAUAGAUUACUGAUUUCAAGAAAGUUGGUCUUAUUUAAAAUAAGAUGUCUUAUUGCUGGGUAUGGUGAAGUGCAUCUUUAGUCCCAGCAGGCGGAUGACUGUAAGUUUGAGACCAGCCUGGUCUACAUAGGGAGUUCCAGGAUAGCCAGAGGUAUAUGGAGAGACCCUGUCUCAAUUCUUCCAACCCCCCAAACUCCAAAACCAAAUAAGACAUCUUAUUUGAAAGAUUAUAUAGUGAGGCAAUAAAAGAAUGAAUUCAAGGCUGGAAAUAAGACUGGUUGAUUAAGAGCUUACACUGUUCUUGCAGAGGACCUGAUUUUGGUUUCUGGCCCCCAUAUUGGGCAGUUGAUAGCCACCUGAAACUCCAGCUCUAGAGGAUGAGGCUUCCUCUUCCAGCUUUCAAGGGCACCUUCAAUUCACUGCAUGUAACUAUACAUCAACACACACAUGCACACACACACACACACACACACACACACACACUACACAUUAUUUUUUUGGAUGUGGAUUAGAAAAAGAAGGCAAGGGACUUUCAGGUAAUACCCAUGUAUGUGAGGCAGCCUCUUUGUGGAGCUUCCUAUCAGUUUGCAGGUGAGAAGGCAGCUGGACCCCUCUGGAACUAGAUCUGUUACAAGUUCUUUCCAAUAGAGCUUGCAUUAGUCAGGGUUCCCUAGAGAAACAGAGCCAACUGUGUGUGUGUGUGUGUGUGUGUGUGUGUGUGUGUGUGUGUGUAGUGGUUGGGAGAAUGGGGGCACAAAAUGAAUACGUAUGAGACUGAAGUUGGCAGGUUGGAGACCUAGAAAGAGCCAAUGUUUUAAUUUCAGUCCAAGGCAAGGGAAAGACCUGAAGUCCUGUCCAAUGCCGGACAGGCCCCAAAACUGCUCUGAAAUCUUCCACUGAUUGGAUGGCUCCCACUGGAAUUAACGAGGGUAACUACUUUCCUCAAUCUACUGAUUAAAUGUUAAUCUUGUCCAAACUACCCUCAUAAGGACACCAAUUAUAAUGUCUGACGAAAUAUCUGGGAACAUUGCGACCUGGUCAAGGUGAUAUGUAAAACUUGCUAUUAGAGAGCCUCAAAGGAAUAUUUUGUUUGUCGUUGUACAGUUAUUAAAUACACUUUGAGUAUUUACUGUUUA